AUGCAUGUCCAGGAAUUGCUUCUCGUUGCUGCGGUUCUAAUGCCCCAAUGCCUCAGGGCAUUGCGAUAUAGCCAAGGAACUGGUGAUGAAAACUGCGAAACCCUCAAGUCCGAGAUCCACUUGAUCAAGGAGGAAUUCGAUGAGCUGGGAAGGAUGCAAAGGACCUGCAAUGCGGACGUUAUUGUGAACAAGUGCGAGGGAUUGUGCAAUAGUCAAGUGCAACCAUCGGUUAUAACGCCAACGGGGUUUCUGAAAGAGUGCUAUUGCUGCCGCGAAAGUUUCCUAAAGGAAAAGGUCAUCACUUUGACCCAUUGCUAUGAUCCUGAUGGCACUCGUUUGACUUCUCCGGAAAUGGGCAGCAUGGAUAUUCGUCUUCGAGAGCCAACUGAAUGCAAGUGCUUCAAGUGCGGAGAUUUUACCCGUUAA